UUUCGCGUGCGCCAAAAUCAAUUUGUUUAUUGAUUACCAAGAGCCCCCCACACGUGAAACCGAGCGUGCCGCCAUGUCCUCCAAUCGAUUCUUGCUGCUGCUCUCGCUGCUGCUGCUGCUGGGCGUGUGUGGGACGACCGCCGACGACGACGACGACGACGACAACGAGACUGCAGCGCAGCUGCCACAUGUGCGCCACAAGCGCGGCCUCUUCUGGGAUUUCUUUCAGAAAAUGAUUGUGACCAAGAAUCUAGUUGUGGACCAAUACACGGACACGCGCAACACGCUUAACGAUAUCUACAAUAUGGUGAACGAACAGUUUAGCGAUCCGGCGCCAGCCAAGCCAACAAACCAGCCCAGAUCCACAACGGAAAAGGUGACCAGCAGCGAUGAGGAGGUCAGCUCUGAUGAGACGACAACUACUACCGAGGCUUAUAGCAUAUCACGCUAUGAACUUGGUCGCAUACUGGGUCGCAAUUUCCGUGGUCUACAGCGCUUGGCGCAGACCGAGUUCAGGGAAGCGCUGAACGCCACACACUACAAUCUGCAGGGCUACAAGGACGAGGCGAAUCAACAGUUUGCCAACAGCUUGGCUGUCGAAAAGAAGAACAAGCUCAAGGCGCUCAAGGGCUGAGCGAGCAGCAUCUAGUGUAGCCUCUGUGAUAGCUAAGCAUGUGCCUGAAAUCCAAACAAACACACACACACACACACACAUGUAUUCAAGUCAAUGCGUAUUUAUUGUUUUGCUAACGAAAUAAACUGAAAGUUGUAGCAUCAGCGCGCUCCAUUUCAAAUUGUCACCCUGUCCGGCCAUUAUGCGUCAAAUUAAAAACUUUGUUGUCAUAAUUUUAUUGAUAAACUUUUAAGUAAGCGAGCAGCAGCAGCAACAGCAGC